CUGUUCUCCUGCGCAGCAUUGCUAUACCAGACGACCCACAACAUAGCACUAUGUCUCUCGGUCUCAAAUAAACAGAGCUCUAUCUCUCUCUCUCUCUCGUGGCCUUGUUGCAUGCUCAAUUGACGCAAAGGCACAAAAUCUCGUGUUCCAGGAGCAGGAUCUCUUUUCGCAAACCAACCAGUAAACAACUUCAUCUCGUUUGUCUCUUAAACUGAAGAGGAGAGGAGCGAGAGGGAGGCGGGGAAGUGAGCAGCAUGAGGCUAGCGCCACGUCCAUUGCCGUUUCUGUGUUCUUCCAUCUUGGCCUUGCUGCUGCUGGCCUCGUGCUCGUCGUCGGCCAAUGGGAAGGUCGCGCCUUCUUCCGCAGGCGCUUCGCCUGCCGCCAAGCACAUUCACGCCGCCGCCGCCGGUGGCGCCAAUGGGACCGGCUCGUUUGCUCCGGCGGUGCCCGCGCCGCCUCCCAUCGUGAUCAUAGAGGAGAGGCACCACCAUUUCCACCGUGAGCUCGUCAUCGCCUCCGUCCUCGCCUCCAUCGCCAUCGUCGCGAUCAUCCUCUCCACGCUCUAUGCGUGGAUUCUGUGGCGGCGAUCUCGCCGCCUGCCCGACGGCAAGGGCGCCCGGAGCUCAGACACUACAGGGGGAAUCAUGCUGGUGCCGAUCUUGAGCAAGUUCAAGUCACUGAAGACAAGCGGGAAGGCGCUUGUGGCGAUGAUCGAGUACCCGUCGCUGGAGGCGGCGACAGGGAAGUUCAGUGAGAGCAACGUGCUCGGUGUCGGUGGGUUUGGUUGCGUCUACAAGGCGGUGUUCGAUGGGGGAGUUACCGCAGCGGUGAAGAGGCUGGAAGGCGGCGGGCCGGAGUGCGAGAAGGAAUUCGAGAAUGAGCUGGAUUUGCUUGGCAGGAUUCGGCACCCAAACAUAGUGUCCCUGGUGGGCUUCUGUGUGCAUGAGGGAAACCACUACAUUGUUUAUGAGCUGAUGGAGAAAGGAUCUCUCGAAACACAGCUGCACGGGCCUUCACAUGGGUCAGCUCUGAGCUGGUACAUCCGGAUGAAGAUUGCGCUCGACAUGGCGAGGGGAUUAGAGUAUCUACAUGAGCACUGCAGCCCACCAGUGAUCCAUAGGGAUCUGAAGUCAUCUAAUAUACUUUUAGAUUCAGACUUCAAUACUAAGAUUUCAGAUUUUGGUCUUGCAGUGACCAGUGGGAAUCUUGACAAAGGAAGUAUGAAACUUUCUGGGACAUUGGGUUAUGUUGCUCCUGAGUACCUAUUGGAUGGAAAGCUGACUGAGAAGAGCGACGUAUAUGCAUUUGGAGUAGUGCUUCUUGAGCUGCUAAUGGGAAGGAAGCCUGUUGAGAAGAUGAAUCAAACUCAGUGCCAAUCAAUUGUGACAUGGGCCAUGCCUCAGCUGACUGACAGAUCGAAACUUCCCAACAUAGUUGACCCAGUGAUCAGGGAUAAGAUGGAUCCAAAGCACUUGUACCAAGUUGCAGCAGUGGCUGUUUUAUGCGUGCAACCAGAACCGAGUUACAGACCACUGAUAACCGAUGUUCUCCACUCUCUUGUUCCUCUAGUGCCCGUGGAGCUUGGAGGCACGCUAAGGGUUGCAGAGCCACCGUCCCCAAACCAAAACCAUUCUCCUCGCCGAGAUGCGAUCGGUCAACGCAGAUCACAAAUUCAUGCAGCUGAACCUGGAUUGCCGUUUAUCGUAUAACUUAUCGUCCUAGCUGCAUGCCUGAGGAUGACAGUUCCAACCUGCUGCUUGUUGGUUGGAUUGAGAGAGAAUUCUGGUUUGGAAAGAGAUGUCUCCUAUAUCUUUGCUUGUACAAAGAAGUGAAAGAAACAACACUCUCUUUUCUUUAGAACUUAGGGUCAUGCUGUACAGGUCAAAGUUUAUCCAAACACUGUAACUCAAGAGCAUUUGAGAAAGUUGUGCCUUGGGCUCCACAUGGGUACCAGAGCACUGGCUCAAUUGUUCUGCAUUUCAAUAAUAAGUUGCUUGAUACAAA